AUGAGUAUUUACGAAUCAUUUAGUUAUAAUGGAAGCCCAUUCUAGUUAGUGUUUAAUGACACAAUUGGAUUCAUUUAAGGAAGCACUCUUGUUUUAUGGGAUCUUGCUACUGAUAAGAAAGACUACAUUCAUUCAUAGAAAAAUGGGUUUUAAUCGUUUGUCGCUCAUCCAAAAAAAGGAAUCAUUGUAGUUGCUGAGUAUAGCUUGAAUCCUAAAGUAUUUAUCUAUUCUUAUCCUCAAAAAAAGCUUCUGAGAACUUUAGAAAAUGUGUCUGAGUUAGAAAUUAUUCAAAUGGAUAUUUCAUUCGAUGGCAAAAAAUUAUUAGUAGUUAAUGGGGUUCCUAAAUUUGAAAUUCAAGUUUAUGAUUUAGAGACUGGACAAAGACUUUCAGGAACUAAUAGUUCUAUACCAUUAAGAAAUAAGUUCAUCAAAGCAUAGUUUUCUCCAUCAAAGGAUACAACAUUUUGUGUUCUUUAUGAAAAUAACUUAGUUCUAUGCGAAAUAUUUCCAUCUUUUGAAGUAGACUAAAACUCUUAAGAAGUUCUUUAGAAUAUCAGAAUUGACUAAAAUAAUAAAAUAUCUGAAAAGUCAACAUUCAAAAAUUUCAUUUGGGAUGAAUAGAAUAACAUUUACUUGGCAGAUGAAUAUUUUGUUAGGUAUUUGAAUGGCACAGACUUAUCUGAAAUUAUGAAUAAAGACUGUGAAUACUUGGUUGAAUUCUUUGUCUUAACUUAGAAACAUUUAAUCAUUAUCCUUUAAAAUGGAAAAUUUGAAUGGAUUUACAAAUACGAUCCAGCUAACUUGAAUGAAGAUGAGAUUAAACCAUUUAAACUUGAAAAAACCUACUUAUAUGAUGAAGAAAAGCUUGUUAAUAUUUUAUACAAUCAAACUUAUUCUAAGCUCUAUGCAGGCUCAAACUAAGGAAGUAUUAUUAUAUUCCCAGUUGAAGGUGAAACAUUUGACAUAGAAGAGGAAGAGGAAUAGCAAGAUAAAGAAAAUGAAAAUCAUUCAGACAAUGAAGAUGAAAGCAGAGAAAUAGAAAUUCAAACAGAAAAAAAAGGACCAUAUCCAUUUAGCCCUAUUGUCUUUAUCCGUGAAUUAGAAAACUAAAAUGUAGUAAUUACUGUUACAUAAAAUAGCUACAUCUAUUUUUGGGAUAUUGAGAAAAAAAUAUAAGUUUCUACCUUCAAACUUAACUGUACCAUAGUCUGUGGAGAUAUACAUCCAAAUUCUAAAACACUUAUACUAGGUUCAAGUAGCGGAGUCAUUAGAAUUUUGGAUAUUUCUAACUUAAAUGGAGUCCAUUUAUUGAAACAAAUAAAAGUUCUGAAAGAUAAACCUGUUUCAAAUUUACACUUUAAUCCUGACGGUUCUAUGUUCUUCGUAAGUUCAACUGAAUCUAAAAAAAUAUAUCUAAUCAACUCGACCAAGUAUAACAUUAUUGGAUACAUUGCUCUUCCUGCUAAAGUAAAUACUGCUUGCUGGAAUACCUCCCAAAAGCUUGUUAUCCCAACUCAUAAAAAUGUUUUGUUUGUCCUUCUAAAUUACUUUUUAAUAAGUCUCAUUGUUCCAGAUGCUACUUAUUAAAAUAAAGAUUAAUUAAAAAUUGAUAAUGAUGUUUGCCCUGUUUAUGCUCGUAAAAUAGACCCUGAUAUGAAUCAUAUUGCUGUUAACUAAGUUACUGGUGAUAUACUUAUGACAGGAAAAGAUAAGAUUGUGAAAAGAUACAAAUAGCCUGAAGAACUCUAUGCAAAGAUGGAUACAAGAAUAAAAGUAGGAGGAGCUCCGAUUGAAGAAUAAGAUGGCCAUCCACUUCCAACUAAUGCCAUGAUAAUUAGUGAUUAGUUUAAUCUUUUAAUUACUGGAGGAUAAGAUGGUUCUAUUUACUUAAGAAACUUGGAAAAAUUAUCUGAAUUCUAGCAAAUUAAAUCUCAUAAUUGGAAAAUAAACGGAGUUAGCACUCUUGAUUUCUCAAAGAAGUACAAACUACUUUACAGUGGUGGAUAUGAUGGUUCAUUCUUUGCCUGGAGUCUUGAUAAAGUUUCCUUCCAAAAUAUCUAAAGAAAUUAUGAAAUAUUGAGAGAAGACGUUAAUAUUUAAGAUCUUCCUGAUGAAAAAGUUAUGCAUUAUCAAAAAGUUCUUGAAGAAGAAUUGAUAAAGUCAAAAAAAGAGGUAAAUGAGCAAUCUAAAAAAGUUAUUGAAGAGGGAUUGAAAAAAAUUUAAAAUAAAUUGUUGGAAUUACUAGAUCAUAACAAAAAUGAGGCUGAAGAACUUGAAAAAUUAGAAAGAGAUGAUUUCGUUAUUGAUAUUGAUACUAAAAACAAAAUUUUAGAUUCUGGAAAGCAAUAACGCAAGCAAAUUAAAGAAACAGCUAAAAGGGAGAACUUGAAAUAAGAGAUUAUUCACUCAAAAAUUAAAGAAAAGACUUGGGAUUAGAUGGCAGUGUAACUAAAAGGUAUUAAUGGUUUAAAGAGCAAAUAUCUCGUAUAUAAUUACCAUAUUAGAAAGAGAACUGCAGAUGAGGAAAGAAAAUUAAAGAUAGUCAAGGAUUUGAGAAGAAUUGAAAUUAGAGAACAAAAGGCUAGAAAAGAGGCAAAAGAUUAAGUACUCAAGGAAAUCAUUCCUGUUGAAGAUUUGAUUAAGAAACCAGAAGAAUAUAUCAUCAAUGCAGGUCCUGGUAAGUAAAAACUUGUCUUGAUAGACUAUGAAAAGAAAGAAGAGACUAAGGAUGAUAAAAAUAAAGGAGCUGGUACAACUUAAACUGGUCCCGCUGGAUAAACUGCAGGCUAGGGGUUCGGAGGACGUGCUCGUCAUGGAGCUGCACAAGCUAAGAAAGAAGAGAAGAAAGUUGAAGAGGUCCACCAUGAAGAAAAAGAAAAGAAAGAAGUUGAGGAAAAAGAAGAAGAAAAGAAAGAUGAAGAUGACCUCGGAGAAUGGGACUUUUUAUAUGGAGCAUUUGAAUUGUUUACAAACAACAGAAAAAGAAACCAAAUAAUUAUUUUGCAAAACAUCAUUUUUAAGGUCAAAGAAGAGUUCAACAAGGAAUUCGAUAAGAUGAUGCAAUAAAGGUAGGUCUAGGUAGAUAUGAUUGCUGAAAAAAAUAAAAGAAUUUAAGAAAUUCUUCAUGAACUUCACAAAGAAGAAGAAAUAUUUGAACCUAACAAAAAUAUUCUUGAAAAUCCUGAAAGGGUAUUGGAAGUUGAUCCUUCUGAAAUCGCCUUUAAGAAAUUCUUAACUCGUGAAGAGAGAGAAAAAAUAGAGAGAGAUCGUUUAAGAGAAGAAGAAAGACAAAGAGCACUCAAGCAAGACGAUGCAGGAGUUAGAGCUUUAAAAGAUAUGAUGGGAGGUACUCUUGAAGAAAAGAAGGAAAAUCCUCUCGAUGAAGGACUUGAAAUGGAAGAAUGGAUGAACAAGCCAUUGGAAGAAAUGAAUGAAGAAGAAAGAGUUAGAUUUAAGGAGUAUGAAGUCAAGAAGUAAAGACUUGAAGAAGAAAAAGAAAAGAUCAGAAAAAAUCUUGAAAAUGAGUUGAAAAAACUUAAAAGUGAUGUUAAUGAAAUCUGCUAAAAGUUUGAUGAAAAACUUUUAUUGACUUUCAAAAGAAAGCUUGAAUUCGACUACAGAGUUUACGAAUAGGAACUAUAUAUUGUUAAAUUAGCUUAACAGAUCUUGAAGUAGUAGAAUAUUAUAAUACAAUUAGAUCAAUAUGAUGUAACCAUCAACAAACUAACUGAUUAAGUUAGAAAAGGACAAGCGAAUAGGGAAAUUCUCCACGAAUUCAAAUAAGAGGUAGAUUAAAAUAAGAAUAAAUUAUAAGAUCAAUAUUAGAACUCAUUGAACGUUAAACCAUCUUAUGGAGUUGAUCCUAACAAAAUAAGAAACAUUUGGGUUUAUGCCUUUGAAGAAUAGAAGAAGGAUGAAAGAAAAAAAAAAGAAAUCGAAGAUAAAAUUAUGAAUGAUCCAAAAUACAGAAAUGAAUUACAAAAAUUAGAUCCUUUCAUCGAACUAAAUAAGAAAGAGAUUAAAAAGAAACUUGAUGGAAUAUUCGACUCAUAUGUUGAUGAUAUCAGAGAAAAAAUUACUAAUAUGCAAAUGUUUGAAAAACAAAAUGAGGAACAUGGAGUCAAGUUCAUAAAAGACGUCUUACAAUAGAGAUUCUAAUUCAAAAAAGAAUUGGAUCAAAGUGAAGUUGAAUUUAGAGAUAUUAACAAUUCAAUUACUAACUUCGAGAAUGAUCUCUUUGCAUUAUAACAAAAGCUAAAAGAGCAAAAGAGUGAAUAAAGAGCCCACAUUUAGGCACUUAAAAAAGGAAAAUCUAAUAUAGAAUUAAUUAUCAGAUUUAAGUAGGGCUUUGUUGAAAUUCCCUCUGACAAGCCAGUUCCCAGUAUAACAGAUGCAAUAUUAAUCCCUAGAGAUGAAAUAGAGAAAAAGAAUAAAAGAAUAGAUUAGGAAGGUAAAAAGAAGAUUAGACUUAUGGAAGAUAUCAAAAAUAUUAAAUUCGAAGUCGCAGAAGCUGAAUAUGAUUUGAAAAAAAGAGAUUUAAAUGAAUAGAAAGUAAGAUGUAGUACUAGAGAAGUUCAACUUUUACGUGUCAAAAAAGAAAUGUAAGUAGCCUUAACAAAGAAAGACAUGAGAUUGAAUGAAUCUGCAUUAAAGAAUUUAUAGGAAUAAAUUGAAAAAGUUAAAUAAGCAACAGAUAAGCUAGUCAAUAUUUAUGAAAAGAAAUGUAAAAAAAUUGAUGAAUAAAUAGAAUUUAUUAGAAGAGAAAAUGAAUAACUUCGUGCACAGGGUGUUAGUUUAAGAAAUACUGUACAACAAGAAGAAAAAUUCUCUGCUACUAUGUUUAAGAAAAACCAAUAGUAAGGAGCAGACGAUAAAACAGAUUUCGAAGCAUACGAUAAAUUUAAAUAAAUCAUGAACAACAGAUAGUUAUUCACUAGAGUUAAAAGAUAGACCGAAGAAAUAGAAUUGUUGCGUGAAGAACUAGGAAAAUUAAAAGCCAGAACUUUUGCUAACUUCACUGCAGUCUAAAAAUACUGA